GUAACUUUUUCGAAGCUGAUGUAUUUGUACAACAUAACUUUUAACAUCCUCUGAAAUGAAUGUGCCUCAUGCUAAUGGUUUCUUGUGUCGCAAAUUUGUGCCAUUCAUCUGUAAAAAAACCAGAUUGGCAAGCACUAACUCUGUUCGUGUGCGUUUUGCACCAAGUCCUACAGGUUUCAUGCAUUUAGGCGGUUUACGUACUGCCUUAUUCAAUAAAUUAUUCGCUGUAAAACACUCUGGAAAGUUUAUACUGCGUAUUGAAGACACUGAUAAGUCCAGGUCCCAACCGCAUGCUAAAGAGGAUAUUUUAGAAUCACUGAAUUGGUGUGGAUUAAUACCUGAUGAAGGUCCUCUUAUUGGUGGAAAUUAUGGUUCAUACAUUCAGUCUGAAAGAAAACAUCUUUAUUCAAGUGUUGUACAAAAGUUGAUCGAUGAAGGUUACGCAUAUCGAUGUUUUUGUUCAUCGAAACGAUUGGCUAUUCUACGCAAUGAACAAAGUCGUCGUAAUGAACCUCAACGUUAUGAUAAUCGUUGUCGUAAUCUAUCUGAAAAAGAGAUAGAGAAAAAUCUGUCAAUGUCUCUACCAUAUACUGUCAGAUUUAAGACUGAUGAUUCACCGAUUACUGUGAAUGAUAUUGUAUUUGGUAGUUCAGUGUUCAAUUCACUCAACUCUGAUGGUGAUUUUAUUAUCGUGAAAUCAGACGGCAUGCCUGUUUAUCAUUUGGCCAAUGUGGUUGAUGAUCACUAUAUGGAGAUUAGUCAUGUUAUCAGAGGAGUUGAGUGGCUUGCUUCUACACCGAAACAUUUAUUACUGUACAAUGCCUUGAAUUGGUCACCUCCACAGUUUGCCCAUCUUCCUUUACUGCUUUCCAGUUCUGGCGGCAAAUUGUCUAAACGUUGUCCAGAAUUCUCUCUUAUCGGUAAUGUUCAUAGUCUGCGUAAAGCUGGUUAUUUACCAAGUGUUAUCAUAAACUGGUUAACAUCUACUGGAGGUGCAGUUCCCUAUAAUACUGAUAAUAUAACACAUUUUGAUGACAGGUGUUCAGAUAAUCAAUACAACUGUGAAUUAGUGAUAUCAGAAUUAGCAUCUCAAUUUAAUUUAACAAAUAUCAAUCGAAAUAAUGCACAAUUGUCAGUAGAUCUCUUAAAAAUAUCCAGUCGACUGUAUUUUGAUACAGUUGUAAGCACUGCAUUAGAUUAUUGUUUAGCAGCAGCAGCAGCACAUCAAAAUCACACAAACAAGACGAUAACUGUGUAUAAAACUCCUCAAAUAUUAGAAGCGAUAAGAGAAUAUUUACAGUCAAAUGUUGACAGUAUAUCUUUUCCAAACAGUCACUCUAUUCAAGAUGAUGUACAAAUGUUAAAACAACUAAAUCUCUUAAAAGGACGUAUUCAUUGCCUCAGUGAAUUAGCUACCAAUGACAAUGGUUUCCUGUAUGCAUGGAAAUCUCCCGAUCCAGUUGUUUGUAAAGAGCACAUUGUCAAUAGUGGUCUUAUGAAGAUUCCUUUACAAGACAUACUAAGCGUUUUCGAAUAUUUUGUAGAAGAGAUGAAUCGUAUUCUUCCAAGUGAUAAUAUCACAUCGGAUACCAUAGCAGCCUGUCUAAAGAAUGUAUGCCAACGGUCAGGUGUGAAACGUGACUCUGUGAUGCAUUUAUUACGAUUGGGUCUUACUGGAUCUCAGAUUGGAAGUCCUGUUGUUGAACUGAUCCAGUUGUUGUCAGUAUCAGAAUCAAUCGAUCGAAUCAAUAAACUGCAUAAUUGUUUACUAGUGAAUCAACGUUCUCAGUGUAAUGAGGCUUUGUAAAGAAAUGUUUAGUUGAUUCUGUAAUUACUUUUUCUUAUCAUGUAUAUUGUAAUUGUGAUUUUAUUUUGUGAAUGUAAUAAUAUCUUUUCUAG